AUGGUUGCUCUAGAAAUAGCAGGAUGGGUAGCCUCACCCUUCAUCAGCAGGCUAGUUGAUAAGGUGUGCUCCUAUGCUGGAGAUCAGGGGCAAAAUACAACGGAAAAACUAAGAAUCGUGGAGAAGAAACUAUCAUCAAUCCAAAUAACGUUGAGCAUAGCUGAGAGAGUGCAAGCUAGGAACACAACCAUGGGAAGCUGGCUACAGAGAAUCAAAGAUGCUGCUUUUCAGGCUGAGGAUGUUCUUGAUUCAUUUCACUGUCUAGUUCUUCAAGCACAAGAUGAAGACAAGGGCAAGGUUAGUUCUGUUACUUCACCCACAGCUGGUUCUUCCUCUACAUCCACAACCGUCACCACCACUGCUUCUACCAUCACUAGCAGCGGCUCAACGGUAAAACAGCCGGUUUGUGUACGCAAGCGCUUCCAUUUCUCCGAUGAACAUAUCAACGAGUUAAUUUCUGCAGUGGAUAGAUUAGUUGAGAUUGAAAGUGAGAUGCCCAUGUUCCUGAAGUUAGUGGAGCUAGAGGACAAGAGAACAGACCAACCCAUUCAGUUGCGGACAACAACCUCCAUGCAAGGCCUCUCAAAGUUUUUUGGUCGAGUUAAUGAAGAGGAACACCUAGGGCAAUUACUUACCCAGGUAAACGAACAAUCCAGUCAGCCAUAUGAUGUUAUAUCAAUUGUUGGCAUUGGUGGUGUUGGUAAGACUGCUUUAGUGCAGAAAAUUUAUUGCCACUUCCGUGCUAAAAGUGACUUCAGUCUCGCAAUAUGGCUACAUGUCUCAGAAAAUUUUGAUGUCGGACGUCUAACAAAAGAAAUGGUACAGUCAGGUAAUCUCCCCAUAUGUGCUGACUUGAAAAGCAUCAGUAGUUUAGAUCAAGCUCAAUGGAUACUUGAAGAAAAGCUGAAAGGGAAAAGGAUUUUGAUAGUCCUUGAUGAUGUAUGGAAUGAAUUUAGCAGCCAAUGGGAGAACUUAUGCAAACCCCUGCAGUUUGCUGGUAAGGGAAGCAAAGUAAUUGUUACGACUCGAAGUAAAAGUCUUGCAAGUAUCAAUGGAGCAACAGAGAUAAUGCACUUACAUGGCUUACAAGAUGAAGAAUACUGGGGGCAUUUUUCCCAAUGUGCGUUUGGUGAUGCAAAUCCAUUUGAUUUUCCACAACUGGAAAAAAUUGGCCGAAAAGUGGUGAGCAAAUUGGCAGGGUCACCUUUAGCAGCGAAGACAGUUGGGGCUUCAUUGAAACUGAAGCUAGAAGAAAAUCACUGGAUGGAUGUUGGCGGAAGGAAAUUGUGGCAGAUAGAGCAAAAGGAAGAUGAUAUUAUAUCAGCAUUGCGACCAAGUUAUGAGCAUCUUCCUGACCAUUUGAAGCAAUGCUUUGUUUACUUUGCAUUGUUUCCUAAGAAAUACCACCUUCAAGGAGAUGAGCUAAUACAGAUGUGGAGAGCUCAUGGUUUCCUUGACAUGCAAACACCAGAUGAAACUGCACGUCGUUACAUCAACGAUCUCUUGCAGCUUUUAUUCAUUGAGAAGGUACCCAACCAAGAGGACCACUAUGUAGUUCACGACUUGCUACAUGAUUUUGCAGAGUCGGUGUCCAAUGGAGAACACUUCCGAAUAGAAGAUGACUUCAAUGUAUGUAUUCCAAGAAAUGUUCGCCACCUAUAUGUCAGUGCAAGCAAUAUCUUAAAGCUGUACAUGAGUUUGGAAGAAUUAAAGAAAAAUCUGAGAAGCUUAAUAAUAAGCAAGGCACCAGAAGGUGCUUCUUGCGAAAGGGUCUCCUCGUCAAACUUUAAUCAUGUACUUGAACAUAUACUCCAAGAGCUAAGAAGCUUACGCGUUUUAGUACUGUGCAAUCCUGAUGGUAUGCUUCCAGACAGUCUUGAUCAUUUGGUCCAUCUUAGGUAUCUAAACAUCCAUGAAAGUAGAAGCUUCAUCAGUGUCCCCAAGUCACUAUUCAAACUCUACCAUUUACAAGGGUUGAGUCUGCAAACUCAAGACAGGAUCAUGAAAAAGGAACUCCAAGAGGGCAUAAGUAGGUUGACACAGUUAAGAUACUUAAAGGCUCCGAAGAAAAUAAUUUCAGACAUAGAAUUGAUUGGCAGGCCGAGAUCCCUCAAAAGAACUAGAGGAGAACAAAGUGAAGAGUAA